CUUACUUUACUAAGGACAUUGACCCAUUUAUCCUUCUCUUCCCUCAGAUCUUCCCCCAAGGCCACUCAGCCUGGACAUCUGUCCCAUACAAAACCUCACCUCCUGCUGUCCUUGCUUGCAGCCCAGUCCGUGCCUUGCCCGAGUUCUCUCUCCCUACACAAGCCAGAAAGCUGGUCUGUAGGAUGCCUUGGGCCACCCUAGGGUGGCCUCUCUAGCAGCCUUGGUUUCCCCACCUGCUAACUUGGAUCAAUGACGCCUGCGCGCGACACCCGAAGGAUAACUCUCAGGAUCCAGGAAUGAGGAAGGGUCCCAUGCUCAGCGCAGGCUCGGUGCGGUGCCCCAGGCCCGGCUGCUCGGCGCCCCUCCCUCGUCCUCCGCUCUCCCCUCCGCCUCCCCUGCUCCCCGCCCUUGAGCUUCUCCGCGCUUCAGCUUCUGCUGUCCUUCCCACUCGCUCACGCCUCCCUUGCCGGGGUCCCCACUCGUCGCCGGCUAAGCCCCCCUCCCGUCACCCCUGGAGGCCCGGUCAAGCCGCAGCGCGGGCGACUAGUGUGCAGCCCGGCGUCCUCACCGAGCAGGAUAGCCGGCUGGGACCGAAGCCGACCCGCCCGUCGCCAGCCAGGUGCCAUGCUGCUGCUCCUGCUGGGCUGUCUAGGCCCGGCGGCCUGCUGGGCACUGGGCCCCGCUGGCCCUGGCUCCUCCGAGCUGCGGUCAGCCUUCUCGGCGGCUCGCACCACCCCGCUGGAGGGCACGUCGGAGAUGGCGGUGACCUUCGACAAGGUGUACGUGAACAUCGGGGGUGACUUCGACGCAGCCACCGGGCGGUUCCGCUGUCGCGUGCCCGGCGCCUACUUCUUCUCCUUCACGGCCGGCAAGGCCCCGCACAAGAGCCUGUCGGUGAUGCUGGUGCGCAACCGCGACGAGGUGCAGGCGCUGGCUUUCGACGAGCAGCGGCGGCCAGGCGCGCGGCGCGCGGCCAGCCAAAGCGCCAUGCUGCAGCUCGACUACGGCGACACAGUGUGGCUGCGGCUGCACGGCGCCCCGCAGUACGCGCUCGGCGCGCCGGGCGCCACCUUCAGUGGCUACCUGGUGUACGCGGACGCCGACGCCGACGCGCCUGCGCGCGGCCCCGCGCCCCCGGAGCCGCGCUCGGCCUUCUCCGCGGCGCGCACGCGCAGCCUGGUGGGCUCGGACGCGGGCCCCGGCCCCCGCCACCGGCCGCUGGCCUUCGACACCGAGCUGGUAAACAUAGGUGGCGACUUCGACGCGGCGGCCGGCGUGUUCCGCUGCCGCCUGCCGGGAGCCUAUUUCUUCUCCUUCACGCUGGGCAAGCUGCCGCGCAAGACGCUGUCGGUGAAGCUGAUGAAGAACCGCGACGAGGUGCAGGCCAUGAUUUACGACGACGGCGCUUCGAGGCGCCGUGAGAUGCAGAGUCAGAGCGUGAUGCUGCCGCUGCGGCGCGGCGACGCCGUCUGGCUGCUUAGCCACGAUCACGAUGGCUACGGCGCCUACAGCAACCACGGCAAGUACAUCACUUUCUCCGGCUUCCUGGUCUACCCCGAGCUCGCCGCCGCCGGCCCGCCGGCCCUCAAGCCCCCAGAGCUCUGAGCCUCUGCUUGGAGGAGCCCGGGAGAGCCGUGGGGCAUGCAUGCCGAGCCGGGACCGCGGCCCGAACGCCCCACCGGUCCGAGCAUGACUGCCUGCCCAGCACGCCUGGACUCUGCCAAUAAAGUGGGGCUGCCUGUCAGUCUUAUGGUCCUGCCCUGUGU